UCGGUGUGCUCGGUCAGUAGUUGUGGUUAGCUCGGAGCAGCGGGCAGCUCUUGGAGCUACGGAGCGAUUUAACGUCUUAAAAACAUGUUUUUUAAUGAACAUUUGCCGUAAGAACCGACAGCAGGAGCGGUUCUCCUUAAAGGAACAAACGGGGGGAAAUAAUUGAGCCGCUUUCAGGAGUUUAUUUUGGUCCUGCGAGCAGAGACGGAGAGAUCUCCUCCUUCAGUGUGUCCUGAGGGGGAGGAGCCAGAAGACAGAUGCUUCUUCUAAUGUGGGAGGAGUCACAGUGAACAUCUGAGAGAUGUGAAGUUAAAGGACCAGAGGAGCUGUAAGUCAGACCAAGACCACGCCUCAAGCAGCAUCAGCAGCCAAUCAGCAUCAGUGUGGAGGACCAUCAUGCACCUGAAGUCGUGUCCAAAGCUUGUGCGUUCAGAGUUACGUUUGGAUGCGUCUGGUGUUCAGCAUAGCAGUCUGUUUGUGAGCCAACAGGGGGCGCUUCUAAGGACAUACAGCAGUAACCAUGGCAACAGCAACCGCCUCCCACUCAACGUCAUUUCCACCAACACACUGCGCUGCAGCAACACGAACAACCACAGCGUCAGCACCAGUGUGUCUUCACUGCGGCUCAAAGUGUCCCCCAGCACCCCCCUGCAACUCCUCCCACCACUGGCGUGCUUGGAGAACGACACGUCCAGACUGUACCAGACCACGCCAGAGGUCACAGAGCCCUCGCUGGACAUCUGGACGGUCAUUAAGCCUGGGCAUGUCCGUGAGAAGAUCGCGAUCUUUGCUUCAGAUGGACACAGAACAGACAGUGCUGGUGGAAGUGAAUGCACGUCGACCAGCAGCUCUGACAGCGGGGACAGGACGCCAUCAGUGAGCCACGCUCCCUCCUCAGGGCUGCUUCGGGCACUUAAGGCGAAGGGUAGCUGGGAGGAAAACAGCAGUGCCAAACGACGCCGCAGGUCCGGAAACAACACCAACACCCAGCAGGGCAAGAGGACCCGGGUCCCAAACGCGGAGCAACCUGCCCUCAAAACAACUCCAUGGCAACCAGACUUGAAUCAGCAAUUGAGUGUUGGGCGGCGGGUGGUCGAGGCGGUGUCGGAGGUGGAGGAGCAGAAGGUGUCGGUGGGGGAGAUGGUGGCGUUUCUGGAGCAGAGAGCCAGCGAGCAGCAGCCAGACUCCAAACCUGUGCUCGCCCUCCAGAGGAGCUCUGCCUCUAUCACACUGUCCAGAGCUCCGCCCCCUGAGUUUGGGGAUAGCUCAGAGGUUAGAGGGGAGGAGCCAGAGAGUGUCAAGGUGUCAGACAUGGUGGCAAAGCUGGAAUCAGAGUGUCUGAAGAGGAGGACGGAGGGAGAUCUAUCGAGAAGCAACAGCUUGAGGAGGACGGUGGGUCGUGUUCUUCUCACCACUGGGGACCAGAGUGAGCCUGCAUCACCAUCAUCAGUGAGAUCGUCAUUGACAUCCUCAUCCUCGUCCUCAUCCUUGUCCUGGGCUCAGCCUAUCUGCAGGGAGCCAAUCAGCUGCUCUGAAACAUCACCUGCCUCAGCUCUGACCCCACCCUCCCCUUCUUGCCAGGCCACGCCCCCUCCAGGUGAGACUGGACUGGAAGCUCAGACAGAGUCAGACACUCAAAGAGUAGCCCUCACACAGACCACACCACCUUGGUGUGAGGAGGCGGAGCCUCUGCCUGGAUUGUUGUUUUUGUCUGCUGCUGCCUCAGAGACAUGCCCCCCCCAAGACUUAGCCCCUUCCCCCCCCGACUCAGAGCCCCAGCCCACUCGCUGUAGAAUGACAUGUGAAUUUGAGCCCCGCCCCCUUGCUCCUAGCUCUGACUCUAGCAGCCAAUCAGAGAGGCGGAGGAUGAGGCCGUCUGAGAGUGUUCAGGAGGAGCAAGUUGUCACUUUGACUUCCUGUUAUUCCGUGGUGGUUCCUUUGGGCCGCCGUGUGUGUGUUUCGCACGACUUCCUGUUGAUGCGUCAGCGUCUGCAGCAGCUGCUCGAGCCGCAGCCGUACCUGUCGGUGCUGCCACAUCAUUUACUGGUCAAGAUCUUCCUGCUGCUGCCCACACAGAGCCUCGCCGCACUCAAGUGCACCUGCCACUACUUUCACUUCAUCAUUGAGACAUAUGGCGUGCGGCCCUCCGACUCGCUCUGGGUUUCUGACCCACGUUACCGUGACGACCCUUGCAAGCAAUGCAAAAAGCGAUACGGCCGCGGCGACGUGUCGCUGUGCCGCUGGCACCACAAGCCGUACUGUCAGGCGCUGCCCUACGGCCCCGGAUACUGGAUGUGUUGCCAUGGCUCCCACAGAGACGCGCCUGGCUGCAAUGUUGGACUCCAUGACAACCGCUGGGUGCCUGCGUUCCACAGCAUAAACGUGCCGAUCUACAGGAGGAGUUGUCUCGACAACUGAGACUGUGUAUGUGUGUGUGUGUGUGUGUGUCUCUAAAGCUCCAACAUGAAUUAAAUCAGACAAAGAAGAUUCUGAUUCAAAUGAAACUUUAUUAGCAUCACAUUUAAACAUUGACCUGAGUGGCUCUCAGUGUGGCGCCCCCUGCUGCUCAGCCUCUGUCACUGUGCUCAUAUGACCAGAUGAUCUUUAGUUUAAUGUCUAAGCUUCCUGUCGCUCGCUCUCCUUUAAUCAGCUGUUUACUGGGGGGGGGGGUCCCGGCCAGGACUCGUCUUCUUCUCUGACAGGCUGCCAUCAUCGCUGCGAGUUCUGUUGCUGUGAUAUCCUUAGUAACAGAUCAUCAAUGACGUUUGUGUACCUGUGAGGAGGCGGGGCUUCAGUGGGUACUGUGUGUGGAGCAUUAUGAUUGGAUGUUAGUUGAGCUCCGUGGCACCUUGCUUGUGUUUACAUUUGUACAUAAGAGUUUAUGAGUGAGAGUGACUUUAUUGGAUGGUUCUAAAGAGGAGACGAGGCCUUCAGCAAGGAGACAAGGAGACAAGGCCUUCAACAAGGAGAAGAUGCAAUAAACUGACAGAGAUUUUUUAAAAAAUCCGGGGAGAAAAGGAAAAAGCAUUUGACCUUUUUAGAAUUUUUUUUUUUUUUAAGGUUUGUUGGUUCUGUUUUUGGGCUGUUUCUGUUGGUGGUGUUGCUUUAAUAAAGUGCUUUAUCUUUGA